AAUUCGGUUGUCCACGUGAUCACUACUGUGAUAGAACGUAUAUAUGUAUGUAUGUACAAUACAUACGUAUGUACAUUCUGACACGUAUAUAUGUGAUAUGUAUGCCUGCAUGAUGUGUUCACACGUAUCCGUGUAAUAUACAAACAAAAAGUGUGGACAUAUGUUUGUAUAACUUUAGAGGAUUUGAAGGUGACGUUGACUCGAUUCCGCACAAUUUACUUCAAUUUUCAAUAUACGGUAUAUACGUACUUGAAAUCCCAUCUUCUCCAAGACAAUAAACUUCAAACCGACGGAGAUGGCGACAUCCGAGAGCGAUGCUGACUUUGAGAGUGCCGACGAGGAGUUGAUCAGUAGUAUGACUGUCAAAAAGAAUGUCCAACCGGCCUAUAAGAAGUCAACGGUGGAUUCUGAGUCCGACUCGGACACUGAGUACGUCGAACGUCCACAUUGCGGAAGUUCGAGUUACUGGACAAGAUCCGAAUCCAAGGCGAGCAUUGCUCUGCCGCAUGAGGCGAAAGGUCAAAAAGUGACAUCAGUUAUUAGUGAUAACGAUAAUAAGACGGAUAGCAAUGUCAAAGUUCAUGAAAGCGAUGUCAUCAAACCAGUUGGUGAUUCGGAAAAGACUUUUAUUAGUCGAGACAAUACACCUUCCUCUAUGAACAAAGAUACUAAAUCUGCAAUAGACAAACAGAUUGUAAAAACGGAUGAUACCAAGUCGAAAGUAGAAACAACAAAGAUUGGAAUCGUUUCUACAAAUACAAGACAAAAAGCAUCUACCAAAUUGGGUGCAAAGAAACUAGGCACUAGAAUUUCAAGUGACAAAGUAGAUAAAUCUCGCACUAUGGACAAUGUUCCCGUGGAACAACAAGACAAGUGUUCGGAUGAACAUUUUGUGAGCAAGAAUACAGAAUCUACGGAAGAAAAAUGUGAACGAUUGAUGAACGAUCAAUCCGAAGAUGUAAAUGAUUUGUUGGAGCCAGAGGAGUUAAAGUCGAAUAAAAAAUUUAAAGAAGUUUUUGAGCUGGAAGAUUGGGAGGGACUCGAUGCCCAACUGCCAGAUGAACUGACGGAAGAAAAAUUACAACCUGUGUUAAAAAAGCUUACCUUAGCAAGCGAUGAUCAGGACAAUUUUUCGGCAAGUUGGAGCAAUUGGGGAAACUGGAACGUCUCUUCGUUAAUCGACACAGCCGCCACAAGUAUGACUACUCUAAGCACUCAUGUGUCUCAAGGACUUAAUAUUUCAAAAACUUAUAUUUCUCAAGGACUUGCACAAGAUCCUACAGAAACAAUAACGCAAGAUGAAGCUGCCACACCCGAUGAUAAGCCAGAAAUUCAGGAACAACAAAAAGAUCAAUCGUAUAGUUCGUUCGGACUCGGGAAUCUGAUGUCAGGAGUUUCUUCGAUCACGAAGCUAGUUGAAUCUACUGGUAGCAAGGUCAUGACAGGUGGUUUGGAUACGUUAGAGGCUAUUGGGAAAAAAACAAUGGAGGUGUUGCAAGAGGGUGAUCCCGGAUUGAAGAAGAAAAGAGCCUUUUUCACAAAUGAACCUGAGAAACCUAUUUUAUCGCAAAUUCUUAGAGAAGCCAAGGAAAAAGCCGAGAUCGCGGAGAAAACAGCCGAGGAGCGCGAAUUAGCUAGACAAGUGAAUUUUGGAAGUCUUUUUGAUGAUUAUCAGGGACUUGUUCAUUUAGAAGUUCUAGAAAUAUUAUCAAAACAGAGCAAUCUGAAAAUUCGGCAACACUUGAUACAGUUAGACGAGAAAGACGCGAAUUCUGUGAAAGAAACAUUGGAAGAGAUCAAAGAACUUUGUGAUUUAGAUGAAGAACACAGUGACGAUGAAAUCUUUGACAUGGACUUGAGAGAUAAAUUACAAUGUGCCUGUCACGAUCUCGGUAUUGAUAUUACUUACGAAAAACUACACGAUGUUUGGGUGGAAACGGAAAAUUAUCUCGCAUCAUCGCCCACAGACCAUGGAGAAAUCUUUCGAAAUGCCAUAUCGACACUGGCCAAGUUCACAGCAUUUUCCAUAGAGAGAUUUCAUAAAACGGCGGAACUGUUAAUAAUCAAGAAACGUCGCCGUACAGUAAGCGAAGCCGACGCUUUGGUGCAACUUACUCGUAUUCUUUCUAAUCAGAUUAGUUCUCUGGCGAAGUUGUUCUGCCAGACCUUAAAACAGUUUGCGGAAAUUGAAGAAAAAUCGGACAAAAUUAAAACGAACGUAACAACGACUUUUACAGAAGCUUCUAACGCAAAUUUGUAUAUUCAAAGUGCUUUUAAACUUCUGAUUCCAAUCGUGCAAGUUGGUGCUAUUUUCUGAGGUAUUAUCAAUUAUAUGUAAGAUAUCUUUUUAUAUUUUACGCGUACUAUCGAAUUAAACCGCAUACUUUUUUACACGUAGCUUAUAGUUUCACCAUUUUUUUAUCACUCAAAAACUGCUCUCCACGGUUUAUUUACGUUUUUAUUUGAGACAAAAUUAUUUACACAUGUUAAGAGGGACCAAUUUAUCAUUAAGUUUCCAUUACAUUAUUUUAUCAACUUUGAUCUUUGAAAUUUGUAAUAUAAAACAUGAAGUCAAUACAUGUGUGUAGAAUAAUAUUCAAUAGAUAAAGAUACAUUAUUAACUAUUGUACAAAAACACGUUAAUAAUAAUGUACAGAAACACAUUAAUAGUGUGUUUCUGUAUAAUAAUAUUAUUUCAAAAAAUCGCAUAUCUUUGGAUAUUUAAUCAUACGAUGAUGUGAGAGAUGAGAUUGAUGUAAAUUAAUACAAAAUAUAUAUAUAUAUUUGUACAAUAUAUAAGAUAAAUAUAAAUUUUUUUCUAAUAUAAUAAACUCUAAUGUUUAGAGAGUCGAACAUUAAUUUACUCCAUGAGAAAUAGAGAAAAAGAUGUAUAUAUGUAAGAAAGAGAAAAAGAAAUAUAAAAAAAGAAGAAAUAACACAUUAACUCUAUAAUCAAAUGCAAAACAUAAAAAUACUUUUUAAAUGUUUGAUUUUAACUUACAUUAAUACUAACACUCUAGUAAAAAGAAGACUGCAACAUCGUAUCGAACUUGAAAAUUAACAUGUCGAUACAAAAAAAAAAAAAAAA